UUUACCUAAUCUGUGUAAUUAUUUUAACAGUUCAGUUCUAUUAACUGAACUAUUAGAAUUCGAAAUUUCUCUAAUAAGUGAUGUUGACUUUGAAAAUUAUUUUUCCUAUUAAAAUUUGUAGUGAAUUCGCAAAAAAACAAUUUACAUUAUUUAAACUAUGUCCUCAAAAUUGAUUUCAACAAUAUUGUUUUUCUAAUUACAAAAAUGAUUACAUCUAGUUUUUAGAUUCCCAAUUUAAUCCGAACUGUAUUAAAUAACAUAAACAUUUUUAUUUUAUUUUUAAAGAGUAUGGAUGUUGAAUAUAAAGUCCUUCAUAACAAAGCAAUAUCAAGCCAAAAAGGUUCACCAUUGCUAGAAAUAUAUAUGUCAUUAUUUUCAUUACCAGUUCACAUUAUCAUUUUUGCGUGGAUCUCAAUAAUUACUAAUUACUCAGAACAGCUAAGUGUACCCAGAAUCUGGAAAUUUGUUUUAGAGUUCAUAUUUUUAAUUUUACCUACUGUGCUGAACCUCACAAUCUUGUCUGAAUUUGUUGUGGCUCAAUUUAUAAUUUAUUUUUUAGUUGCUGUUAUUUCUUUAUUUUUUAUUUUACUAAACAGAAAAUGUUUAAUACUAGGUAGUAUAAGAAUAAAAAAAAAUCCAUACAUGAGUGUGUAUAGAUUUAUUUUAAAUACAUACACAGUAUUUUGUAUUUUGGCUGUUGAUUUCAACGUAUUUCCACGAAAAUAUGCUAAAACUGAAAAAUAUGGACAUAGCAUAAUGGAUAUUGGGGUUGGACUAUAUGUUUGUUCUAAUGCACUGUUAUUUAAAACUCCUAAAGUACAAAAUUUUUUUAAACAGUCAAUCAAAGUUGUUAAACAAGUAUUACCAUUACUCGUAUUAGGUAUUGGACGUGUUUAUUUUAUUAAGAAAACCAAUUAUAAUCAUUAUGUUUUUGAGUAUGGUGUUCAUUGGAAUUUUUUUAUUACCUUAGCCUGUCUCAAAAUCAUUAAUUUAUUUAUUAUUCCAUUUAUAAGUACAUGUUAUACUCCUAUUUUAGCAACAACAAUGAUUCUUUUAUAUGAAAUAGCUUUAAACUUUGGUCUAAGUGAUUGGAUAAUGAGUGAUUCUUCAAGAGAUACAUUUUUUUCUGCAAAUCGAGAAGUAGCUGUAAGUUUUGACAACCUAACUGGUAUUUCUAGAAGAUUAGUAAAUGCUGGCUAUGUUUUUUGGAUGUUAUCAGUGUCAUCUUACCUAUUAUUUAUGUCAAUUUUAAUUGAAAAUUUUAUUACUGUUAUGAUGCAUAGAUUUAAUAAAAAGUUUUCAGGGUUUUCCUUAAUUAUUGAUAGUGUAAAUGAAAAUUUGUUAUUUUUUUUUUUAUUUGCAAAUAUUUUGACUGGUAUUGUUAAUAUGAGUAUACACACUUUGCAAAUUAAUACUAUUUUUAGCUUAUUUAUUCUAUUUUUAUAUAUGUAUAUAGUUUAUAUUGUAAUAUACAUGUUGCACAAUAAUAAAAUCAAAUCACAAAUGUCAUUGAAUUUAAAAUAA